AUGAACCAGGAAAAUAUUUCUCUUCCACCAAGCGAAAACGUCACGGCCUUAUCUUCAUUUGAUAUCUCAACAAAAGUAGUAAUGAGUGUCGCCUACGGUAUUAUCUUCCCAGCCGCGUUGCUAGGCAACGCUUCGGUAAUCUACCUUGUCUUCAAGAUGCCUUCGAUGCGUUCAUUAACGAACAUGCUUCUAGUAAAUAUGUGCGUGGCAAAUUUACUGGUGACUUUGUUUGCAAUGCCCUAUUCUAUACUGUACCUUUACAUUCAGUAUUAUUGGCUUCCUGGUAGCCUUGGCAACGUGACCUGCAAGCUGACACAUUUUUUGUACGCUCUUCCAAUCGCGGCGUCCAUUUUUGCGUUGCUAUUGAUUUCGCUGGAUCGUUAUUACGCAGUCCUACACCCUUUUCAGCGGCGUCCUCUUCUGUUGCGGAGCAGGCGACUUGCAUCAAUAAUCAUUUGGUUUUUCUCUUUCGUAUGCAUGACUCCUUAUCUGUUUCAAUUCAGAGUUAUAGAGUACCGUUCCUAUUUCUUCUGCAUUGUAAACUGGUCACCGCUGGACACCGUUUUUGCUUCGCGGACAUACUAUAUCACAGUAUUUGUGUUUCUCUACUCUCUUCCUCUGCUAAUAAUUGGUUUAGCCUAUAGCUUGAUUGGGAAAAAUCUUUGGCAGCGCAAGAUACCUGGUCAACAGACUCUGUCAAACAAGCGCGUGGCACAGCGCUCCAAAUGUAAAGUAGUCCGCAUGCUUAUCAUUGUUGUUGUUGUGUUUGCACUUUGCUGGAUUCCAGCCCAUCUCAUGCACUUUUUGUCAUAUUUCCAAAGAGAAAAGUACUUUUCGCUUCAUCCUUUAGUUCUGUUGAUGGCAUUCUGGUUGUGUCACGCCAACAGUGCAUUAUUGCCUUGGCUAUUUCUAGUCAUGCACCAUAACUUUAGACAGGGGAUUCGGAGACUCAUUAAAGGGCGUUAUUUCCAGUACAGUCCCCAGCAAUCAUCCGCUUCCACGCAAUGUACCCGAGGACACAGUUUGGUAGAGCGCCAAGGAACGUUGAAGACUAACCGAAGAAAUAUUUCGGGAAAAAUGCGAACGGUACUAUGA